AUGGACCACUGGUCCUUUGCCUUCUUGGUUUCGGGCAUGCUCCGAAACAUUCCGAACAAGGUUGAUCAGCCCUUGUUAAAGCGUAUCGUUGAUUCUUCCUUUUAUGGGAAGUACGACUUUAUGUACCUCCGCAUUGACUUUGCCAACGAUUACAAAGGGACAUUUCCCACAGACUGGAGCUCUGCGAUACUCCUACUCCAGAGGCGGAGGAUGACCACAUCAAAAGGUAUGGCCUUCUUUGGUGCACGUCACGUUGAGACCGACGGGUCUUACGUAUACGUUUGCUUUGAGGACCUCCGGGGCAUCACCAAUUUCCAUGAUGUGUUCGAACAAGCUUGCACGAGUGGCAUUUCUCGCCGACUUGAGCUCUGUGACACUCCCACUCCCGACAUUGAGGAGGUACAGGCGUUUACGGAGGAUCUUCAAGCCAGAGGAAUGAUCUUUGGUGCACGCCACGUUGAGACCGACGGGUCUCACGUGUACGUUUGCUUUGAGGACCUCCGCGGUAUCAUCAAUUUCCAUAAUGCGUUCGAACAAGCUUGCAAGGUUCCUUCUCAUGCCAUCAGCGGGUCGGUGGGAGGAAAAGUGUAG